AUGGGUAGCACUGAAGCCCCAACGCCCGUGCAGGCACCUGUGUGCUCCAUUGUGAACGAAGGCCCAGCAGCUCCGGCUGCUUGCUCCAUUGUGAACGAAGCAGCAGCUCCUGCCACUGACUCGAAGCCGAAGAAGAAGAUAUGCUGCGCUUGCCCCGACACCAAAAGGCUCAGAGAUGAAUGCAUCGUCAAGCACGGGGAGUCUGCGUGCACCAAGUGGAUCGAGGCUCACAAACAGUGCCUCCGUGCCGAGGGGUUCAAGGAUUCUUUUUUGCGCUUAAUUGGGCCAUCACGUGCAAUUGUGUUAACAGACAUAGUUGACAUUGAAAUCCAACUGAAAGUGAAAGGUCCAACAAUGUCUCAAGAUAAAGCAUUGAUCAGCUAUGUCGCCAAUUAUAGUGGAGGAGGUCUUGGCGUAUCGACCCUUUGCAUUGAUAAUUGUUUGUGUACACUGGAGUUAUGCUUGCAGCAUGUCAAACGAACAGUCCAGGCUACCAUCUUGAGUGUCCAAGUUGUCAAGUGUGGUUCAUGGCCGUUUGAAUAUGGUGGCCGAGUUGCUUGCUCCUCAGCUUCACGGGAAACGGUGGUCACUGAUAGUGGAGUCACUUGUGCUAUUAAUCCCUCAUCUAGCCAAAUUGUAAUGCUUGAAUCAAAAGAUGGAGCAAUGCUGAAAGGUCUUAAUGGUCACAUAUACCUGCCGAGGCAAGUUGUUUCUGUAGAAAUUGAAGGAGUGUUGGACAUUGCCAUAGAAGCCUACACAAAAUCUGGUGAUAUCGGUGCACAGGGUCGUAUUUGUUUCGCGCCCCAGGUUUGCAACAUAAGCCAGGAUAAAUUUGCCAUUGCUGAUGUUGAGGUGAUGAUUACGAUUGCUUGGUCCCUUGUCCCUACAAGCAAAAGGGAAAUUGUGGCACAACGACAGUUUCUCUAA